AUGGCUAAGUUUUCAUGCAUGAAACAAUUUGAUGCGUUGGAGUUUUUCACCUAUCAGAGAUGCAUCGAGAAGAUUUAUGCUGCAACUCCAGAAUCUGACAAAGAAGCCGUCUGUUCUUCGCUACUGGAACAUAAAUAUGCAGAUAUCACAAUUGCAUUUCUAAAAGAAGGAAAACUAUUAGAAACAGAAUCACCAGAUUUUUCACUAUCUCUAAUCCGAGAUAUGCUGAGUCUACUUGCUGCGGGAAGUCAUUUUAGUCGCGCAUUUGCCUUGCGUUUAGCGCAGAGUGAUGUUAUCACUACACUUACUCACUUCCUCAUUUUACACACCGAUUCAAAGAAUACAACGUUUAGAUGGAUAUCAAAAGAACUUAUUAUUAUACUAUAUCAAAUGGCCUUUAAAAGACAAGCACGGCAAUACUUUACUCGAGUAAACAUAGAAGAUACGAUCGCUGGGAUACAAUUUGACGAUUUGGUGUUAUCUAUUGUUUCAAAACUUUUAUAUGUUCUUCUUGUGGACAAGUCCACUGCUGAAACCGAUAUAACAAGAAAUAUAAAAGUAAACUUGAAGGACGAAAUUAAAACAGCCGUAAAAGUAUUUGAUCAACUCGAAUCUGGAUUUGAAAUGUCAGAUAUACUAGAUGGGGUUGCUAAAUACGCAAAGCAUGAGCCAGAAUUACAAGAGGUAAAUGAAGUUUUGUUUUAUGCCUAA